UUGUAUCUCCAACGGCAUGACGUUGUCACUUUUUCUAACCAUAUUAAUUAUUUUUGAAUUAUCCAAAUGACAAGUUAGAAAAAUGGAAGAAUGCUGAAAUAUGUGAUAAAAAAAUUGAAAAGUUAUUAAAAAAAUAUUUCGAAUGCAAAAAUGACCGAAAUAGGCUGAAAAUUUGUAAUUGAAACAUGGUUUUUUUAUUCUGCGAUUGACUCUCUGUGAGAGAACAAUAGAUUCCCCUCCGUUUCACCUCCUGCAUGCCCGCACCGCCGUAAAUACCUGAACCUCUCGCGUAGUUUAUCAGAUGGAGCAGGUGCCUCGACACAAGUGUAAAUUUAUCAUCAAGUAAACAGUGACUCUAAAUAUUUAUUUCUUAUCAUUUAACCCUCAGGCUGAAAGUCUUUCCAUAUCGUCAUUGAGAAGCCUGAAACGAAAGGUAUUGCUCCAAAAUGUCGUCUGAAGAGAUGGAGAAAAUUCUGAAACUGUACAAGACAAUUGCUCAAAACCCGUCAUUAACAGCUGCGAAAAUCGUACGCACAACUGCGAGUGAGAUUGCGGUGGAGAGCACAUGGAGCCAGAGAAAUUUGGAGAGAACUACUAAUCAAAAAUUCCAAAUUGAGUACUCCUUGACGAGCAAUUUUCAAGUUCAGUCGCAGAGCUUCCCCGUCGAUAUUACGUCUGAGCUCGCUUCCAAGACCACCGAUGACAACCAGCGCAAAGCAGUCCUCCGUACUGCCCCAGGAAAAGAGAAAGACGCCCCAAAGCAAUUCAUCGAGAUCUGGGACCAGCGCUGCCAGAUGAAGAACUACGACCUCUCCGCGUUGGACGUUCAUGGUGACGUCUACACAGACAGCGAGUUCGGUUCGUUCCAGUGGUCCCCAGACGCCACAAAACUCCUGUACAUUGCCGAGAAGAAACUGCCGAAGUCCGAGCCUUUUUACAAGCAGAAGCCCCAGGACAAGAAGUCGGAGGAUAAAGCUGAGAAGGAGGACAAGGAGUCGAAGGAUGAACCAGAGAAGGAGGACAAGAAGUCGGAUAAACCUGAGAAGGAAGAACCAGUGAAGGGGAAUGAGUACAUCUACAAGCCGGACUGGGGAGAGGCGUUGGAGGGGAAGCACCAGCAGGUGGUGGUCGUUCUGGACACCACGACCGACACUUUGACGGUUCUUCCGGGGAUUGAUGAGUCCUUGUCCCCUGGGCAGGUGGUCUGGACGCCGAAUGGCGAUGGAGUCGUUGGAAUCGCAUGGAACCACGAGCCUAGAUACCUGGGCCUGAUCGCCUGCACCAACAGAGAAUCCUGGGUCUUCCUUCUCAAAAACGGUACCUUCCAGAAAUUGUCCGCCGAUAAAAGGGGAGUGAGAUCGCCCAGGUUCAGUCCAGACGGGAAGAAACUUGUCUGGUUGGAGCGAGAGCUCAAUGGGCCCCACCACACCACCCACAGACUCAUGUCGAUCGACUGGGAGAGUGAGGAGAGGACUCCAAGUAUUCUGAUCGACCUCGUGAAGACCAAGAUAGAUAUCAACAAAGGAGUUCCCUUCUACGGACUCUACAAUCGAGAUUUACCGAGGAGAUGCUGGAGCAAGGACUCGAGAUACUUAUUCCUGAGCACUCCCCAGCGAUCGAAUGUCAGGUCUUACGCACUGAACACUGAAACAAAGGUUCUGACUGAGAUCGAUAAUGAUGAUACUAGUCUGGUGGUGCUGGACGUCUCUGAUAAUGUUGUUUUGAUGCUGAAUACCUCGUUGCUGAGGCCAUCCAGACUGGUGGCCACUAGGUUCGAGGGGGAGGCGGGCAAAGUGGAGCUGAGUGGCAUCACUGAGGCCCGUGUGAUCGAGGGAAUGGAGAACUUGAAAGCUGAGAGCGUGGAUUAUGUGUACGAGGGGGAGGAAACUGUGAAGGACUUCAAUUUCACUUAUUUUGGACCCCAAAGCGGGGGCGAGAGGGAGGUUCCCCUGAUUAUUGUGCCUCAUGGGGGUCCCCAUGCCAAUUAUGCGAAUAUUUUCUAUUUGGAGUAUUCUUUACUUGCGUUAUUAGGAUAUGGAAUAGUCCAAGUGAACUACAGAGGCUCCACUGGAAUGGGCCUCGACAACGUGGAGUACCUCCAAGGGAGAGUGGGCGAUGUAGACGUGAAAGACUGCGUGACAGCGACGAGAGAAGCCCUGAAGAAAUACCCCUGGUUGGACCCCGACCGAGUGGCCCUGAGUGGUGGCUCUCACGGAGGAUUCCUCGUCACUCAUCUCAGUGGACAAUAUCCGACCAUGUACAAGGCAGUUGUGGCCAGAAAUCCAGUCAUCGACAUCGCAGCCAUGUUUACGAUAUCGGAUAUCCCUGAUUGUCGUAAUGCAUUGCGAAAAGACGAGAGAAUUAGGCUACAUCACGACGUGUGUGCAGCAGUGACGAACUCGUCGUACGACGAGAUGUCAUCGGAGGAAACAGCAGAGAUGGUUGUGAAAAUGUUCAAGUGUUCGCCAAUUGUUCAUGCUCACAAGGUCAAGGCACCAACGCUCAUGCUAAUUGGAAAGAAUGAUCUACGAGUACCACCAUCACAGGGCAAACACUGGUAUCUUCGUCUCAAGGCCAAUGGAGUGAAAACAAAAAUGCUAGUAUACGCCGACAACCAUCCCCUCAGCACAGGACCCGUCGAAAUCGACGAGAUAAUCAACGCGAUUUUGUGGUUCAACGAUAAUCUAAACGCCAAAGUCAACGAUCACAUCAAGAGUGAUUGAAUAUCCCAACUAUUUUUGUUAUUAAAUCUGUUCUUUUUAUUACAAUAUCUUAAAUAAUAAUACACAAUCAAUUCUACCACACUUUACCUUGAAUUACCACUUUUGUAAUAAAAUGCAUUUAAAUACAAAUAUAUUUACAACAAUGACAAGUCA